AUGCAGGACGACUUCGAAUCGCGCAUUACCAUUAAAAUUUGCGCACUACUCAAGACUUCGGUAUUUGAACAAAUUUGCAAUUUAACCAGUAAGAUUGACAAAUUAGAAGAAAAAAUCCUAACAAUGGACAAAAAUAAAAGUGUAUCAACGCAAGGCUAUGCAGCGGCGGUACAGCACCCAUCAAACCUAGAUAAUGAGAAAACUAAGCUGAAAGUAAAAUCUGGCCCUCAGGAGAAAAAUAAGGGAGCUUCGGACAAACGUAGUACAUCCGCAAAUGUAAACACAUUCAUCUCUUCUUUAGCGCCGGUUUCAAAUUUAGUCUCUGAUUCCAACACUUCAAUUUAG